AUCAUCACUCUGCAUAGAAAAAAAUACACACUCAAAUAGACCCAAAGACCAGAAAAAAAUAAAUUAAAAUUUAAAAAACAGCAAGCUUUAGAUCUGAAACUAGCAAACCCACAAAAACCCUAGCUCAACUACGAUCUGGGUGUGCAUGCUUUUUGUCUGAUAAAGGUCUUCCUUUCACCGUUCAACAGAGGUUUUAGAGUUACAUAAAUGGCUGUUACAGAGGGUCAUAAUCCCCUUCUUGGAGAAACAACUUGUGGUACUUUGCUACAUAAACUACAGGAAAUCUGGGAUGAGGUCGGUGAAAGUGAUGAGGAACGGGACAAGAUGCUUCUUCAAAUAGAACAAGAGUGUUUGGACGUGUAUAAGAAAAAGGUUGAGCAGGCUGCAAAAUCAAGGGCCCAGCUACUCGAGGCAUUGUCAGAUGCCAAAAUUGAAUUAGCCAAUCUGCUUUCAGCAUUGGGAGAAAAAACCUUUACAGGAAUGCCCGAGAAAACGUCUGGAACAAUCAAGGAACAACUUGCAGCUAUAGCACCGGCACUUGAACAGCUAUGGAAACAGAAAGAUGAGAGGGUAAAGGAAUUUUCCGAUGUGCAAUCACAAAUUCAGAAAAUUUGUGGAGAAAUUUCUGGGAACUCCAAUGUUAACGAGACUCCUGCAGUUGACGAGACUGAUCUAUCUCUGAAAAAACUUGAUGAAUUUCAUGCUCAACUUCAAGAACUCCAAAAAGAAAAGAGUGAGAGGCUGCAGAAGGUCCUUGAAUUUGUGAGCAGUGUACAUGAUCUUUGUGGUGUCCUGGGAAUGGAUUUCCUGAGUACUGUAACUGAAGUUCAUCCGAGCUUAAAUGACUCCACCGGAGUGCAAUCUAAGAGCAUCAGUAAUGAUACCUUAGCAAGGCUGGCUAAAACUGUCUUAGCAUUAAUAGAAGAUAAGAAGCAGAGGCUUCAUAAGCUUCAAGAGCUAGCAGCUCAGCUAACUGAUCUGUGGAAUCUUAUGGAUACUCCCGAUGAAGAAAGGCAAUUGUUUGAUCAUGUUACCUGUAACAUGUCAGCUUCUGUUGAUGGAGUGACAGUCCCUGGUGCUCUUGCUAUGGAUCUGAUUGAGCAGGCCGAGGUUGAAGUUGAAAGGCUUGAUCUGCUAAAAGCAAGCAGGAUGAAAGAAAUUGCAUUCAAAAAGCAAGAUGAGCUCGAAGAGAUUUACGCUCGUGUUCAUACAGAAAUAGAUCCAGAAGCUGCUCGAGAAAAAAUCAUGGCGUUGAUUGAUUCUGGGAGUGUUGAGCCUUCCGAGUUGCUUGCUGACAUGGAUGCUCAGAUAUCAAAUGCCAAAGAAGAAGCACUUAGUAGAAAAGAUAUUUUGGACAAGGUUGAGAAAUGGAUGUCAGCAUGUGAAGAAGAGAGCUGGCUUGAGGACUACAAUAGGGAUGAGAACAGGUAUAAUGCCAGCAGAGGAGCACACUUGAAUCUCAAGCGUGCUGAAAAAGCUCGAAUAUUGGUAAACAAAAUUCCAGCACUGGUCGACACCUUGGUUGCCAGAACUCAAGCAUGGGAGGAAGAGCGUGGCAUGCAAUUCGCAUAUGACGGAGUUCCUCUCUUGGCCAUGCUAGAUGAAUAUGCGAUGCUCAGGCAAGAAAGAGAAGAAGAAAAGCGAAGACUUAAAGAUCAAAAGAAGUACAGUGAGCAGCAAACCACAGACCAAGAUACUAUUUUCGGGUCAAGGCCUAGCCCUGCCCGACCAGUAGGUACGAAGAAGGUGAUAGGCCCUCGAGGGAACGGAGGCACCAACGGAACUCCAAACAGGCGGCUAUCGUUGAAUGCUCAUCAAAACGGGAGUAAGUCCAGUACUAAAGACGGGAGGAGAGACAGUACGAGUAGGCUGGCAACCCCAGUUAACUAUGUAGCCAUGUCGAAAGAGGACACAGCCUCCCACAUUUCUGGAACGGACACAGUUCCGGUUUCACCGUAACGAAAUAAGAGAUGCAUUGUAGGUUUACUUACACCCUUUUGAUAAUUAUUACUAUUUGUUAUUAGUAGGAGGAGGUUGGUGUAGUGAUAUAGAUGUGAAAAACUGAGAAGUGGAGAGUAAAAACUGUUGUUUAUUUAGGCUUGUAUGUGUUCUAUUGGCAUUUGGAGCUCUUAUAAUCUUAUGCUGCUUUACUUCCAGUCA